AAAAAAAGAAUUCGUUCAAAAGAAAAAAGGGAAACCACACCCGACGCAGUCGAAAUCUAAAGUACUCGAUAUUUACUUUUGUUCAGACCAGACCAGACCAGACCAGACCAGACCAGACAGAAUGCGUCACCAAUAAUACACUCCCUGACUGCAUCGCAGCAACGAAUUCCGACCAUUCUCGCGUCUGGGUUUGGAUUCUAACUUCCGCCAGUGUAUGUGUGUGUGUGUGUACUUACUCAUCGCCACAGCCACAUUCCCUCACUAUAACAUAGGUACCAAACCUAACCUAACCCAACUCAACCUAACUCACUGGCUAGGAUUUAGCAAGGAGAGUUCCGUUCCCCCCUUUUUUUUUGGUUUCUGGUCGCCACCACUUCGUCGUCGUUGCCGUCGCAGAUGCCGUCGCCAUCUUCGCCUUCCCAACACUAUACCCAACAGACUAACUAGCCCUCCCUGCUCUUGCCCUCCUGCUGGACCUGGGCGGAUUGGUUGGUUGUGGUUGUAUUGGUGUGGUGGUGGUGGUGGCGAUGAAUCCAUGGCUCUAGCCCUCGCUCUAGACCCGGCGCUAUACGCUCCAGUCCUAGCAACAAUGAUGCUGCUGAUGAUAAUAAUAGUGCAUAUCGUACUUAUUCAUCCCUUUUCUCCUUCUUACUAUGACUGACUAUUACUAUCCCUUCUCUAUACUUACAUGAAAACCCUCCUUUACUUACCCUUACCUACUUACUCAAUUACUUCCUCGCCUCUUGAUAUCAUGUGACCAGGUUACUUACUCGCCUCUUGGUGCUUAUGGUACUCAUUCCAUCCCAACCCCUCUUGAUAUCAUAUUUGUGUACGUGCAUAUUGAAUCAGUGGCUGGAUACCCGUAAGUCUAUUUUCGGAUCGUGAUGUAAG